CGCGCUGACAUAUACAUACACGCUCGCCAUCUCUCUCUCGCUCUCUCUCUCCUGCUCCUCUCCCACCCGACACUCCCAUCGCUGAGCCUCCGAGCCCUGGAAAAAUCCCCGAUCUCGGAGAUCGCCCAGGACAACGACGAGAUCGAGACCUCCGGGUCGGACGGCGGCGGAAGCAUUGGGGCUAGGUUUUCUGUCCACGAGCGAUGUGGGAUGCUCGAGGCCUUGAUGAGCCUUCUCUCUUCGUGUUGGAACCCCUUGGGGAGCGAUAAUGCCGCCGGCGACGGCGGCGGCGGCAGGUUGGGCUCUUUGGGGAGAGAAGGGAAGGACGGGUUGCUCUGGUUCCGGGACCUGGGGAGAUGCGCGACCGGCGAUUUCUCCAUGGCCGUCGUGCAGGCUAACCAGGUGCUGGAGGAUCAGAGCCAGAUCGAGUCUGGCGGGUUCGGGACGUUCGUUGGCAUUUACGAUGGCCAUGGCGGGCCCGAUGCUGCUCGAUACGUGUGCGAUCAUCUAUUUCGGCACUUUCAAGCAUUAUCAGCUGAAACACAGGGAGUUGUGACAUGUGACACCAUUCAAAGGGCAUAUCAAGAAACGGAGGAGGGAUUUACAGCCCUUGUGUCAGAGUUAUGGAGUACUCGGCCGAGUAUAGCUUCUUCUGGUUCCUGCUGUCUAGUUGGAGUUAUAUAUCAGAGGACCCUUUUUGUAGCAAACCUUGGAGACUCACGGGUAGUAUUAGGCAAGAAGGUUGGCAAUACUGAUGGUAUUGCUGCAAUACAGCUAUCGGCAGAGCAUAAUGCAAAUAUUGAGUCUGUCAGGCAGGAACUUAAAGAGCUACACCCAAAUGACCCCCAAAUUGUCAUCCUCAGACAUGGAGUUUGGAGAGUGAAAGGCCUCAUUCAGGUUUCUAGGUCUAUUGGUGAUGUAUACCUGAAGCAUGCACGGUUCAACAUGGAACCCCUUAAUCCGAAAUUCAGACUUCCUCAGCCUUUGAAUAUGCCUAUUUUAACUGCCAAUCCAGCUAUUAUCUCUCACCCUAUUCAUCCAAAUGAUUCUUUUCUUAUUUUUGCAUCUGAUGGCCUAUGGGAACAUUUGACUAAUGAGAAAGCCGUAGAGAUUGUCAACAGCCAUCCUCGGGCGGGAAGUGCCAAAAGGUUAAUUAAGGCUGCUCUCCAAGAAGCUGCACGAAAGCGAGAAAUGCGUUAUUCAGAUCUUCGCAAAAUCGACAAGAAGGUUCGGCGGCAUUUUCAUGAUGAUAUAACAGUCAUUAUUUUGUUCUUGAACCAUGAUUUGAUAUCCAGAGGCUCUGUGCUUGAUUCACCAAUCUCUAUUCGAAGUGCACUAGAACACUGAUAGUCAAAAUGAAUCCAUGUUUCCUUUGACUUUGGCCAAAUCCAGCGAAUUGCAUUUUUAUCAUCGUCAAGAGGCACGGGAGAGAGCAGCAUUUUCAAACUGACGUGCUACUUGAGCACUAUACUAAAAACACCAAGAGCGGAUGUAGUUCUCUGAUUCUUGUAACGGUUGUAGUAGCUCCAAAAUGAUUAUAAACUUUGUGUUCCUGUGAUACCUUCAAUUAAAAUACAUGAGAAAUCGAGUUGAUACAUUACUGCAUUUUGUAAUGAAGCUUGGGCA